AUGCCUCCUACCACAUCCCUCUUUUCCGACCCAACAAAGGUUGGGUCGCCCACGGCGCCGUUUUCCAUUAGCGAAACCCGCUUCAGCACUGCGUCGAAGCGCUACCGAGAAUCGACCCACCUUAUACCAACGCCGCCUGCGGAGAAAAACCGCCCGAAACGAUAUGACCCACCGUACUUCUGGUUACCAGUUGCAAUCGGCACACCCUUGUUAAUGUUAUGUUUGGGGAUUGCUCUCGAAGUCGGAAUUGAGCUCUCUGAGAAGAAUGGAGGAUUCGCCGUCCCCAAGAGAAAUGUAUUCUCUGUAGUGUCUACCCAAUUUUUGUUGGCAUUCUUCCCUGGCCUAUUCGUGCUUCCGGUUGGCUAUCUUUGGAGAUCACUGGACUGGAUGCUUCGCUGGUUUCAGCCGUAUGUUGUCAUGUCAAGAGGGAAUGCCACUGCAGAAGAGAGCGUGCUUCUGGACUAUAUUGCCUUGGGACCCACAUGGGCCAUGUUCCACGCGCUCAAGUAUAACCACCGUGUUAUUUUCUGGUCCUCUUUCCUUGCGACUACUACGUACCUUUACCAGUCUCUUGCUGGAUCUAUAUUCCAACUUCAAACACGGAGCGAGAUCAACAACCACGAAGCGCAAAGCAUACGAUGGCUUGGGCUCGACCCUGAUGUCGACCAACUCAACGCUUUCGCUGCUGCUGCUGGAUAUGUCCAAGCAGCGGUUUUCAAUGAUCUGGGCGACCCGCCAUUUGUGACGGGUGGCUGGUCCACCGCUCAGUUCGUUUUUCCAACCGACACAGGUUUGAAUGGUACCAUGACCGUCAAUACGACUGGUAUCCAAACUAACCCGAACUGUGCCAACCCAAAUGCUCCGCCGUUGUUCACGCGCACCAACACUACCACGGCUCUCAUUUCUUCGACCUCCGUUGACGGAUGUGUGGGAAAUGUCACGAUAGAUCCCAGUGUCUCCCAACGACAAUAUGGUGUCUCCAACGUCCCGAACUGCGGCAAUACCGGUACACGCAACGUGACCUUCCAACCUGUGGUGUUUUGGUUCUAUCAGAAUCUUGAUAAUAACAACACGCCCCAGCUCAAGACAGUUUUCUGCAAUCCAUCCAUGCAGUUGUUCCAAAUCAAUGCGAAGGCUGAUUUGUCCAGCGGACAGCUCAUCGGUGUAACCCCUCUGAAUAACUACACGAAACCCACCAAUAUAUCUGGUGACCCAAUAAAUGGCAUUCCUUAUAAUGCAGUCAUAUUUAACCCUUCAAAUGACCCAUUCAUUCAAGCGCGAGCGAACGGCACGCAUGUUGGUGUCCCUGGGGCCAUAUUUCGUUCGGCUCUGCAAACAGGAUUACAGGCGACAUUUGAUUUGCCAAAUGGCUUUUUGGAUCAGACCAGUAAAAUCUAUCGUCAACAUCUUGCGGUAACGGCGAAGUCAAUCUACUUCGUUAGCCAGAACAGCACCCUUCCUGCCGUCCAGGAGUCGUUAGUGCUCCGAUUAUGGAUUGAUCCUUUCCCAGGUCACGUCCUCGCAUUUUUACUCUUCGGCUCUGGCUUCUUGGGAGUGUUCCUUCAUCUUAUCCACCACCGACAACGACGGAAUAUGUAUCUCACUGCGCCGCCCGGGACGAUUGCUGGAACCGUCGCACUCACUGCCCGGUCUGGAUUUGGCGAACUCUUGUUACCUUAUGACGAUAUCCCAACGCUGGAGAAGAAACUGGACAGUCUUAGAUUCUAUUUGGACAAGCGGACUGGUGCUAUUCUAGCUGAAGACUAUGCUGACGAGGACACCGGAUUCCGUGGACCGGACGACGCGAUGAUGUCGUUGUUGGGAAGAAGAGAGGGCCACCUAUCGUCUACUCAAGUUGCUCAGGAUGCAGCCUUGGAGAUCGCUGAGUUGGAUCCCAACUCUGGAUAUGGGAAACGGAUGUCGAGACCCCCGACAUCAAAAUCAAGUGGUGCAACUUUUGUUCCCUACCUCGACCUUCUUCUUUCCAGCUUGCUAGAGUCCGUGCCCCUCUUUGUCGCGUUGCUCAUUCUCCUCAACUCAUCUUUCUCGUCUAGCAUGCGUGAAAUCGUCCACCUCCAAACCGGCCAGUGUGGCAACCAAAUCGGUGCCAAGUUCUGGGAGGUGCUUUCUGACGAGCACAGUAUCGGGGGCGACGGUGUCUACUCGGGCACCAACGACCAGCAGCUCGAGCGCAUUUCCGUCUACUACAACGAAGUCGGCGGCAACAAGUAUGUACCUCGCGCCGUCCUCAUCGACCUCGAGCCCGGCACCAUGGAUUCCGUCCGCUCGGGCCCAUUGGGAACGCUCUUCAGGCCAGACAACUUCGUCUUUGGCCAAAACGGCGCUGGUAACAACUGGGCGAAAGGACACUACACAGAGGGAGCUGAGCUCGUUGACUCUGUGUUGGAUGUAGUGCGAAAGGAGGCUGAGGGUACGGACUGCUUGCAAGGCUUCCAGAUCACCCACUCGUUGGGUGGUGGUACCGGCUCUGGAAUGGGUACAUUGCUCAUUUCCAAAGUCCGCGAAGAAUACCCUGACCGCAUGAUGUGCACGUACUCUGUCGUGCCCAGUCCCAAGGUCUCUGAUACCGUCGUUGAGCCCUACAACGCGACUCUGUCGGUUCAUCAACUUGUCGAGAACUCGGACGAAACGUUCUGCAUCGAUAACGAGGCUCUCUAUGAUAUUUGCUUCCGCACACUGAAGCUGUCGACCCCCACAUAUGGUGACCUCAACCAUCUUGUAUCGUGUGUGAUGUCUGGCAUCACCACCUGCUUGCGCUUCCCUGGUCAGCUUAACUCUGACCUUCGCAAGCUUGCGGUCAACAUGGUGCCCUUCCCCCGUCUACACUUCUUCAUGACAGGCUUUGCCCCUCUUACUGCUCGUGGAAGUGCCCAAUUCCGCGCAGUUAGUAUCCCCGAACUCACCCAGCAAAUGUUCGACGCAAAGAACAUGAUGGCUGCUUCUGACCCCCGACACGGACGCUACCUCACCGUUGCUGCCGUCUUCCGCGGCAAAGUCGCCAUGAAGGAGGUGGAAGAGCAGAUGCAGAAUGUGCAGAGCAAAAACUCGGCAUACUUCGUCGAGUGGAUUCCCAAUAACGUCCUGACUGCCCACUGUGAUAUUGCGCCGCGGGGAUUCAAGAUGGCUGUUACGUUCAUUGGCAACACGACUUGCAUUCAGGAACUGUUCAAGCGUGUUUCGGACCAGUUCACUGCCAUGUUCAAGCGCAAGGCCUUCUUGCAUUGGUACACACAAGAGGGCAUGGACGAGAUGGAGUUCACGGAAGCCGAAUCUAACAUGCAAGAUCUUGUCGCCGAAUAUCAGCAAUACCAAGAUGCAACCGUCGAUGAGGAAGGCGAAUACGAGGAGGAGGUUCCUGUUGAGGAGUAA